UAGGGCUUCCAUUUUGCCAGGAUUCAGCUUCAGUUUAUUAGCCCCUCAUCCAGCCCAUUACUGAGUUUAGGCAUUGAUACAGGACUCUCCUGAUUCAGUCGCCACAGGAGUCAGAGCUGUGUAUCAUCAGCAUACUGGUGGCACUUGGCUCCAAUAGUUGUCUAAUACCAUUAGGUCCAGAGUGGGUUUCUUCAGGAGUAGUCGCACUACUGCCUCUUUAAGGACAGCAGGGACUGCCCCUUCCUGUAGAGAACCAUUCACCACCACCUGGACCCAUCCAGUCAACACCAGGGGCAAGGAUCGAGAGGGCAUGUGGUCGGUCACAUUGCUGCAAGUACCUUGUCCACAUCAUUUCAUCUUCUUUCUGUCGUUUCUCCCCAUUUUUGGGUAUAUGGCACCCUGCAUCUCGCCAGGCAGCAAAGUUACAACUAGCACAGCAACUGUGUCCAGGAUGGCUUGGAUUUCUCAAAUAUUUUAUUUCAUUAUGUUGUUAUCUUCAGUACGUAGUGAAUGUGUGUAUCGGGACUACAAAAACACAUAUCUCCGAGGAGGAGAUAUCGCUAAGGUUUAUACCCCAAAUGCUGAGGUCUGCCGAAUAGUCUGCACGUAUCACUCAAGAUGUCUAUUAUACUCCUACAUGCCAGGAAAUUGGCCAAAUGAUAUUGCAAGGUUUUCAUGCUUCCUGAAAGAGGCUGCAAUUCAAGAGUUGCCAAAGAUACCUAUGCAAGGAGUAAUCUCUGGGCACUCUCGGAAACAAUGUCCUCGAAUCACUGCCUGCACCAAGAACAUUUUUGAAGGACUGGAUAUAAAAGGAGAAAAUUACAAUGUAACAACAGCAGACAGUUAUCACAGCUGCCAAAAAAGAUGCACCAACGAGAAUCACUGUCAGUUUUUCACGUACAGCACAACAUUGUUCCAUAGAGCAGACUUACGUAAUAAAUGCUACUUGAAGUAUAGCAGCACAGGAAUGCCAACGAGUAUAAGGGAACUUACAAAUGUUAUAUCUGGAUUCUCUUUAAAAGCCUGUCAACUGGCUGAAACAGAUUGUAAGAUGGACGUUUUUCAGAAUCAAGUGUUUUCUGGUAUUGCCGUUGCAAAAGUUUUCGCACCUCAUGUCUUUGCAUGUAGGAUCAUUUGCACUUACCAUCCAAACUGCUUGUUUUUUACCUUUCAUAGCGGUGAAUGGGAGAUAAAAAGCAAAAGGUAUACCUGUCAGAUGAUGACAUCAAGAAGUGGAAUGCCAGAUGCCAUUACAGAAAGGCUAAAUGCUAUGUCAGGCUUCAGUAUCCUAAACUGCCGAAGAACUACACCUGCCUGUCAUUUUCCGACGCAUCCCAAUUUAAACUUUCUGGGAACGGAACUGAGUGAGGAAUACAUCAGCGGGCCUGAGGCAUGUCAACAACUUUGUACGGACACGGUCCGCUGCCAGUUUUUUACUUAUGCUUCCUCCAAAACACUAUGUAACCCAGAAGGUAAAUGUAAAUGCUACUUAAGAAUGACUGCCAACGGGUCUCCAAAUAACAUUGAACCUAAGCAUGGAUAUAUUUCUGGUUAUUCUUUAAGACUGUGUCAGACUAAAGACAUCGCUGUAUGUGUGCAGGAGCCUAGGAUGACAAGGAUUGUUGGAGGAAUUAAUUCUUCGCUUGGUGAAUGGCCCUGGCAAGUCAGUUUACAUGUGAAAUUAACUUCUUACAGCCAUCUAUGUGGUGGUACAAUCAUCAGUGACCAAUGGAUAGUGACUGCUGCGCAUUGCGUAGAAGAAUUAAACUCACCUGAAUAUUGGCGUGUUUAUAGCGGCAUUUUGAAACAGUCAGAAAUAAGAGACGAUACCUCCUUCUUCAAUGUCAAACAGAUGAUUGUUCACUCUGAGUUCCGGCGUUCUGAAGAAGGAUCUGACAUUGCUUUAAUGAAACUUGACAGACCUAUGAACUUUAGUGUCUUAGAGCAACCUGCCUGCCUGCCAUCCAAAGAAGAAAUAAACACAAGAUACACUGAAUGCUGGGUAACUGGAUGGGGUUACAGAAGAGAGAGAGGUCAAGUAGAAGAUGUUCUCCAAAAGGUCAAAAUCCCCCUAAUAACAAAUGUAGAAUGCCAGUCACUUUACCCACAAUACCACAUAACGGACAAGAUGAUCUGUGCUGGCUACAGGGAAGGUGGAAGGGAUGCGUGUAAGGGAGAUUCGGGUGGACCGUUGCAUUGUAAACACCUGAAUACCUGGUAUUUGGUUGGUAUUACCAGCUGGGGUGAAGGAUGUGCGCGCCCAGGACAACCAGGAGUUUACACAGAUGUGGCUAAGUAUCUAGACUGGAUUCUAGAAAAUAUGUCAUAGUUCUAAGAAACAUUCCAUGACUAGGGAUGGAUGGAUCUGUCUAUUGUCUGUCUCCAUGUCAGUUUCACAUGUGUCCAUUAAAAAGUCUGU